AUGUCUAAACGUCCCAGAAAUGUGGACAUGUGGACGCAAUGGACGCAAUGGACGCAACGGGAACUGUUUCCUUUUUUCCGCCUUCUCCUCCAAGGUCCGAUAUAUGCUCGGCAUUUUCAUCAUUUCGUCAUCAUAUUCGCAAACUCGAGGUUCAAAACAAAGCACGGUAUUUCCAGUAGACCUCAGACCGAGGUUGAGAUCCCGGCGACUAGGCGGACGCGUUCUGAUUUCAGAACUUCAAGUCUUCAGCCCCCGGCUCAGCUCAUGCACCUCCACUGCGCAACCGAAUGCUCUCCGCUUCCUCCCGUGGCCUUUGUCCUUACCGCCAUACUACAACUGAACUCGGGCCGUUGUCGGAGUUCGCCCCCACAAGACCGUGGUGCGAUGAUGGGAGAAAAUGGGCAAGAGGCCAUCUUUGGUCAGGGGACCCCUGAAGCCAUCCCGGCAACUCACUAG